AAGAAAGCUUUUAUCAUCUUUUUACUGAUUUAAUGUGGGCGGGUUAACCACAUAGUCCCUUGGGAGCCACAGCGGAAUAAAAUGCAUUUGGACACAUCUGCAUCUGCAUCUGCAUCUGCAUCUGCAUCUGCAUCUGCAAAGGUGUUCAGUUCAUUGAACUGUCAAACGAGUUCUAGGAAAGUUCUAAACGGGUUGAUUGACAGUUAAGAAGAUAUCAGAUCAGAAAAACUUUUAACAUCAGGCAGGUCGACCUAUAAAAGAUCCAAGAAAUGCACCCACUGCACACAGUAUCCCAGCGACUGCAAUGGCAAACGGAACUGAUAGACUCAAAUUGUUAAAGCUGCUGAUAAUCCUUAGUGGAGGUGAGUGAAGUCCAGGACCAGAACAAAAAGUACUCAACUCUUCCCUCUCACAGUGCUCCUCAGCAGUGAUGGCGCUCCCACUGAUGCCGAUGCGGCGACAGAUCAGCCAGUCGUGGAGUCACGUGCCCAAAAACAGGAUCACGACAUUUUAGAGCUCGAGGAGGAUUUGGAUGGUCGCAGCGCCUACGUCAACAAUCAGUUUGUGCCCAGUGAUCCAGUUGAAUUGUUGGACGACGAACAGAAUACGCCGCUCUACGAGAUACUGCAGAAGCAAAUGGAGCAAGUGCUGGCAGCAAGUGGUCCGGAUGUGCCCAUCUAUGAGGAUGAGAAGACGAAGCGCCAGCGCGUUCAGCCGCCGCCCAACAAGCCAAUCUUCACCAACAGCAAUGCAGCCGAUGCGGAUGACGACUACGUGGACGACAUCGCGCCAGAGCCGGAGGAGAGCCAAGGCAGUGCAGACAAACCCGAUGCAGCAACAGCAGCUGGCGAGGAGCUGCCCGAUCAGUCAGGCUAUCAGGCUCCGCUGGUCUCAAGCUCCACACAGCCGCCAAGCAGCAGCACCACCGCACGUAAUCGUCCGCAACGCCGCCGCACCACCACACCGACGCCACGAACAACUCGAGCCAAGGCCAGCCAAAACACAAAAUUGACCACCGCGUCGCCAGUCAAUCAUACAGAGCUGCUGGCAACGACGACGACCCCAGCGCCGGUUGGAGCCAACAGCAGGCCACGGCCGCAGGCGAAGCCCGGCAUCAGUCCGAGCAACAUGGUGCCACACGAUCCACAAAUCUACCAGCACAAACGACGCAUCAUCUUCAAGACAAUCUCGACUGGGUCCCAGUUCGUCAACUCGCCCAUUGGCGAUCUCAUGAUCAAGUUCUCCAUAGGUUUUGCCAAGCCAGCGUCGGGCAUGGGCGUGGCUCAGCCCUCGAGCGAAGCGUUGCGUGCGCUCUCCCAGAACUUAAUGCGCAGCAUCGAGAUGCAAAAGCUAAGGCGAAUCAAUAAAACUCAAAGGCAUUAA